UCAGAUGAAGACCUUCUUCGGCGCAUUGGUCAUCAGGAAGUUUUCUGUUUAUGUUCACCAGGUGAAGCUUUUGUAUAUAUACAUAUAUAUUUAUGAAGCUAAAGUAAACAUGGAGUCCGUAUUUUCCCGGUUUGACUCCUAUAAUUUCGAGGCAGAUGAGCGUUUUGUCGACGGCCUGAAGACUUUAAACUACAGAGACCAAACCGAGCUGCUAAAACUGAAGCUGUUCUUCUAUAACAGGUUUGUGGAACCAAUAGAUCAGCAAAGCUACAAACAGUGGAUCUCUCCGUCUUGUAACAACCAGCAGGACCAAACUGCUCAGUCAAAUCCAGAUUCAAAUGAAACAGAAACGUCUGCAGAUGGAGAAACGAAGCAGCUUUCUUUUGCAGAGGUGAUGCAGCUGGUUCAAGAAGGAAAAGAAGUGCCAGGAGUGACGAAGCCGGACGUCCAGCCCAGCAACCAGAGUCCCACUCCGUCUCAGAUGCAAAGAGUGCAGAAACCGUGGGAAACUACACCAUCAUAACUGAACUUCCACUUAAAAACCAGUGUAAGAUUUAAAUGGCUGAAAAAAUUACAUGAACUCAAAAACUUUUUACCAAGUAAGAAAUCCUAACAGUGUUAAUCUGUCGGAUGCUGUGGAAUCAACAGUCUAGCCAUUUUUUUGUGGUAAGACUAAAAAAUUAAGUUGUUAAUUUAUUAUUUUUUACGCUUUAGUCAGUUUUACAUUGACUUACAUGUCCUUCAGUGAGGUUUGGUAUAAUGCCUGAACUUUCAGUUUUCAGUCUUUUCCUCUUUUUGUGUGUCAAUUUUCUAAAAAUAAAACUUGGGAAGAAGAAAACACUGAUCUAAAGAUAAAAGAAAUGUUCACGCUCAUCCGUCUGGUCCUGUAAAUUUAUGCAGACUUUAUGCAGGCAUCUGAGAACAUUAUUUUGUUUUGAAACUGCUCCAGCUAUAAUCUGUGCCUUGAAUGAUGCACUCUGUAACAGAAACUGCAAGUAGUUAAGUUAGAAAUUGUGUCAUUUGUGUGCUCAUGUAAUAAAAAUAAAAGUUCAACUUUGUACAUUUUAUACAAAAUCUAGAUGAGGAGAUAUGGCUAAAAAAUAAAAUGUCCGAUUUUUUC